GUACCGGGUAUCUCGUCUAGUCAUUUGAGAUGGCAGAAGAUGAGAAGUUCCGAAUUGAGAAGUUCGAUGGUACAGAUUUCAGUUGGUGAAAGAUGCAAAUUGAAGAUUUGCUGGUUCAGAAAGAUUUGGACGUGGUUUUGGGUGACAAGCCAGAAAAGAUGUCGGAUGUAGAUUGGGCAUGUUUCGAUCGGAAAGCUAUGUCCGUGAUCCGUCUCUCGUUGACCAAGAGUGGUGCGUUCAACAUUCUGAAGGAGAAGACAGCGAAGGGAAUUAUGGACGCUCUGUCUAACAUGUACGAGAAGCCAUCUGCUGCGAACAAAGUUUUUUUGAUCAGAGAGUUUGUGAACACAAGGAUGAAAGAAGGCACUUCAGUUACCGAGCAUAUCAACAAGUUGAAUUCGAUCUUAGCCAGACUUUUGUCAGUGGGCAUUAAGUUCGAUGAUGAAGUUCAAGCUUUGCUACUACUAUUGUCUUUACCUGAUAGUUGGUCCGGAAUGGUUACAGCGGUUACCGGUUCAGUGGGACCCGAUGGAUUCAUCUUUGAUCAGAUUCGAGAUCUCGUUCUUGGCGAGGAUGUCAAAAGAAAGAGUUCGGGGGAGUCAUCUAGUGAAUUGCUUCAUGUUGGUAGAGGUAGAAGAAAUAGCAGAGGUAGUGGGAGCAGGAACAGACAAAGGAGUCAGUCGAAGACUCGUAACAGCUCUGGUGUAACGUGCUGGAAGUGCAAGGAGGUGGGGCAUUUUAGGAAUCAAUGCCCGAAUGAUAAGAAAGUGAAUAUUGCUGAAGGCUCCGCGAGUGAUGAGGAGGUCACUCUGACUUGCUGUGAGGAAAGCAAUGUGGAUUCCUGGGUCAUGGAUUCUGGUGCUUCAUUUCAUGCUACCCACAGCGGUGAAGCAUUGCAGAAUCUGGUUAUUGGAGACUUUGGAAAGUUGGACGAACAGGGACACGAGGUGAAGUUCGGAAACUGGCAGUGGAAGGUCUUGAAGGGAAAUCUUGUCAUGGCCCGUGGAAGGAAGAGUGGUUCGCUGUAUAUGGUCGAGUUACCAUCUCAGGGAGUGACCGUCCCUGUUCAGAAGAGAAACAAAGUCCGACUCACAGAGUCUCGUGGGCAGAAUAAGGUUGUCUGUGCAAGAGAGAAACCUAGAGCCACUGGUCAGACUCAGGAUGAACGAGCGUGGAAAGGUUCAAGGGGGCCAAUCAGAGGUAUUUGUGGCAGUGGGAGCUCAAGAGGCGCUUCAGCCAAGUUGCCUAGAAGACAGUGGGUCAGGAGAACCAGUAUUCCAGCUGUUGGAACAUCUCCAGAAAAUUUAUUGCUGAGUACGGAGAGUGUUUGUUCUCAGGAUGUUCCAGGAUCCGGCAGUGUGCAUCUGCAGUGGGAGCCGGUAGGGACCGAGGACGAGUCAGGGGAAGAUUUAGCUGUGACUGAUGUGUUGGAGCUUGGGAGGGCUUCAACGGGCCUUUCAGUUGUCUGAUGAGAGGGCCGCUGCAACAUGAGAGCUGAGGAAGAUUACUCGAUGUACAGGCAAUCGUGGUGGAUGGCAGUUGAUGACUAUCAAGCCUCCAAGUGGGAGAAUGUUGGGUUUGUGCAGGCUUGGGCUUGUCAUGUUGGCCCGGCCCAUGUUAUGUAACUCUAGGUUGUUUUCCUCCUAUAUAUUGAGCCUUGUACUUGUAAUUCCGGGAGACACCACAAGUGAAAUAAGAAAUUCCUCCUGUU